GGGUAUCAUGACGAUGAGUAUAUUAGAGCCCCGCGGCACAUCAAUCUGUACAUACUUCCUUUGUUGGAUCACGAUCAAGAUCAAGAUGAAGAUCCGCACCCUGUUUGCUGGCAGUCGUCCCGCUAUCGUCACAAAGCGGAGAGACCCCCUUCGCACUGCAGCCCCCCGCCAUCCAAACAACAGCACAGCAGCGAAACGAACGCACAGCACACCCAAACCUCCUCGCCCUCUAGAUGCAGGCCCCGACGCGUUUUCAGCCGCGGUAUCUCUCCCUGCCUGCAUGAAAGUCACCCAUGUUGCCUAAUACAGGGCAGUCUUACACCCUCGUCCCCCAGCAUCUGCAACCCUCAGUGUCUCCCAUGUUCCAAGAGACCCUGUCUCAAGACACUGCUGCUGCGGUUGUAAUGCACUAAUCUGCGACAGACGAGCGUGUCUGCAAACGGGAUAGCCUGUGUUGCCGACGUGUCUGAAAGCACCCCGGCGUUUCAGA